GGAAACUAAUUAUUGUUAUAAGAGAAAUAAAAGUACAGUACAAACGUCAAUGCGAAUACGUGGUUUGUAUAAUAGAUAGAAUAAGCGGUGCGGUAAAUUGGCUUGGGUGCUUCUUAGACGCCUGCUGUGCGGUUGGUUUAGAUAUAUACCUUGCUGUAAUAAAGUUAUAGGCUUCCAAUUAGAUUGGCCUGGCGCUUUUGGCAGACGAAUUCGCAUGUUAGUGUAAAAGGGACGUUCUCGCGCGUGUAGCGAGUGCAUCUCGUUUGAAAUUUUAAUGUAUUUACAGAGCGGUUGUGGCGGCUGCGUAAGAAUGUUGAGUACCCGGAUAUUAUAGAAGUUGCAUCAUGUCGUUGGUAUUAAAUUACAGCGUUGUAAAUCAAACCACCUAAUGUAUUAGUUUGUCCAGUUGAAGCCAGCAACAUGUAAGCUAGCAAAAUCAUUCACACGAAGGGUACUGGGGGUCGUAUGACUUCCUGUUAAAUAGUAUAGUAUAGUAUAGUGGUCUAACUUUUGCCAGUUAAAGAAUAAAUGCUAGUUGGUUAGAAGCCUGGAAGGGUGUCAGUAUUGUAGACAGGGUAAGCUAGAAUGUAGUGAAAUGAGUACCAAUUUUGACAGAAUGAUCAGAAACAGUUUAAAUACAGUUUUUUUAUAAUAUUAUUUUACUCUUCUGGGCCGCACAAAAAUAGAUGUAUCAUUACGUUUAGCAUAUUUGUAGUUUCUUCUUAAAUCCUUAGUUUUAUUCUAGGUCAAAUAGAUUUAAAUCUAAUGGCAGGUGAAGAAUUAAACUAUUACGCUCAAAAGUAUCCGAGUUACAAAGAAUUUGUUACUGACGUCAGUACCGCACUGUCCAGCAAUUGGAAUAAAUUGGAAACGUACGAUCUUACACCUUCAGGCUGGUGGUCUGUUUUGCGACAGCACGGCUCAUGUACAGUAAAUGAUAUCGUUGGUAUAAUCGCAGCGGCCUAUCUAUGGACCAUCGCCAGAGAAUUGCUUACAAAAAAUGUUUUUAAGCCACUGGCAAAUGCGGCCGGAUUGGCAAAAAAGGAACAAGAAAAGGCGCCCGAAUGUAUGUGGAAGCUAACUGUAUCCACAAUUGCGUGGUUGUAUUCGGCGUUUUUGGUUCUUUACCAAUACGAUGUUUUUUAUCAUCCCUCCUUAGCAAUUAAAGAUUGGAAUCUCAAAUGUACAGUGCCAUGGGAUUUGUACAUCGCAUACGCAGCACAGUUGAGUUUCUACGUACACUCAAUAUACGCCACCGCAAUACUAGAUGAAUGGCGCAAAGAUUCUGUAGUGCUGCUAGUACACCACGUUUUUACUAUUUUGUUGCUUUCUUCCUCUUAUUUGUUUAGGUAUACGCAUCUGGGUGCACUCGUUCUAUUUUUUCAUGACUUCAGCGAUAUUUUCCUGGAACUUACAAAGCUGACGGUUUAUUUAAAAACUAAAGGCGGGGUAUGGGAAACUAGAUGUGAAACUUUAUCUACAGCUGGCUUCAUAGCGUUCGGAAUCUCAUGGUUCGUUUUUCGACUGUACUGGUUCCCACUUAAAGCAAUCUACGUUGGUGCUUAUGUCAGCUACCUUCGAGAAACUGAAGUGCCACCGUUUUACUUUUUCACGAACGGUUUGAUGCUGGCCCUGCUUGCCAUACACAUUUGGUGGUUUAAGUUCAUUGUGCUGAUGGCGUACAAAGUGAGCUUCGGAAAAAACAAAGAAGUAAAAGACCCGAGAGAGUAUCAGAAGAAUGGCGUCACCAGAAACGGAUUUCAGAAGCGAAAACACGCCUAAGCAAAGUCUUAAAUGGGUGGCCUUUAAUUCCAUAACGCUUAAGACCACACGCAAUAUUCAAUCAUACUACAUUCAUUACUAUAAACUUUUAAUAAGCUGUGCAAAUUUUUUAACUUUUGAGGUACUUUUCAAAACGAUUUGUUGGCCGUUAUAAAAAUGGUACAUACUUCAAAAUCUUCAGAAAUGUACUUUCUAUUUGCUGUUAUUUAUUACAUUAAUUACUUACGCUAAUAGCGUUUUAAGUACAAUACAACUAUAAUACAAAUGCUAAAAA